GUCGUCUACAAUCUAGCCAGUCCUCCGGCGGCGUCAGCUGAGCUGACACGUAGCCGUUUUAGUCACUAUCUCCUUCUAUUUUAAUAUUAAACGUGAAAAUGUCACAACAUGGACCGGCGUUCGAUGUAAAUGCUAUGACCCUAACUCGCUGGGUUUUGGCUCAACAAAGAACAGCGCCUACCGCAACUGGGGACCUCACGCAACUGCUAAACUCUAUACAAACAGCGGUAAAAGCUAUACAGUCGGCUGUAAGGAAAGCCGGCAUCGCUAAACUACACGGAAUCUCUGGAGAUACCAAUGUUCAAGGCGAAGAGGUCAAAAAGCUGGACGUCCUCUCGAACGAUCUGUUCAUCAACAUGCUCCAGUCCUCCUUCACCACCUGCCUGCUGGUCUCCGAGGAAAACCCUCAAGUUAUACAGGUGGAAACUGAAAGGCGCGGCAAAUACAUAGUGUGCUUCGAUCCGCUGGACGGAUCCUCCAACAUCGACUGCCUUGUGUCAGUUGGAUCUAUAUUCUCGAUUUAUAAGAAACAGUCGGCCGGCGAGCCUUCAGAAGCGGACGCUCUAAGGCCGGGCCGUGAAUUAGUGGCAGCCGGUUACGCUCUGUACGGGUCCGCCACCAUGAUGGUACUCUCCCUGGGUUUCGGGAAGGGAGUGCAUGGUUUCAUGUAUGACCCCUCCAUCGGAGAGUUUAUACUCACCGACCCCAAUAUGCGGAUACCAGACAAGGGCAAGAUCUACUCCAUCAACGAAGGUUACGCAGCGGAAUGGGAGGAGGGCCUCAAGCGGUACGUAGAAGAGAAGAAGCAGCCGUCCGUAGGCAAGGCGUACGGCGCGCGCUACGUGGGCUCCAUGGUGGCGGACGUACACCGCACCAUCAAGUACGGCGGCAUCUUCAUGUACCCCGCCACCAAGGCCGCGCCUAACGGAAAGCUUCGACUACUCUACGAGUGCAACCCAAUGUCGUUCAUAGUGACGGAAGCGGGCGGGUUGGCCAGCACCGGAAAGCAACCAGUACUAGACUUGGUCCCCACCAGUAUACAUCAGCGAGCGCCCUGCUUCCUCGGAUCCAAGAAGGAUGUCGAGGAACUGCUCAAAUAUCUCAACUGAAUCACACCCGGCUUUGAUUUAAUAAAAGACUGAUAUUGCGUUAUAUUUUCAUUCUUGGUUUUGUAUAUCUACCCC